AUGUCCCACACAGCAUUCUUCUACGGCACCCUAAUGGCCCCUCCCGUCCUCCACCGCGUAAUAUGGGGCUCCCCCACCCCGCCAACACCCGUCCACGCCUCCCUCCUCUCAUCCCGCCCCGCAAUCCUGCAAGCGCACCAGCGCAGAAAAGUCGCCCGCGCAGACUACCCGGCCGUCCUCCCCAGCCCGUCGUCCUGCGUGCGCGGCACCCUAGUCUCAGGGCUAACGGACGGGGAUAUCUGGCGUCUGGAUGUGUUCGAGGGGAGUGAGUAUGCAAGGCGGGGCGUGAAGGUGCGUGUACUAAACGCAGAUGGUGGGGAAGAGGGGGAAGAAGUCGAUGCGGAGUGCUAUAUCUGGAUUGCUGGGGCGCGCAGGCUGGAUCCUGAAGAGUGGGAUUUCGACGAGUUUGUGCGGGAGAAGAUGGGGCGGUGGGUUGGGGAUGAGGGGGCGCAGGCGGAUGAGGGGUUUCGAGGU